AAACAAGGACAUCUCCAUGGUCUGCCCAUAUCCACACCGUACCUGGCAAAGGAUUACCUCCAGCAGAAGCGCUUCCAGGCGCAGCAAGCAGGUACGACUUACGUGUAUGAUUACCCUGACAUGUUUCGACAAAUGGCGGAUUUGUUAUGGAAACAAUUCAGUCAAGAGCGCAUGACUGAGGUUAUAGUCAUCCCUGAAAAAGUCAUGGAUUGCAUUGAGUUAGUUCUUGAUCCAGAGACGGAAACACGAUUAGUGGAACAAAAACGCGUGCCGGGUGAAAACAACGUUGGUAUGGUCGCGUGGAGAAUCACCCUGUAUACACCUGAAUAUCCCCAUGGGAGGGAUAUCAUAGUCAUCGCCAAUGAUAUCACUUAUCUCAUCGGAUCAUUUGGUCCCAGAGAAGAUAAAGUCUUUGCCUUGGCGAGUGAAGUCGCCAGACAACUCAGAAUACCAAGGAUUUAUGUUUCUGCCAAUAGUGGCGCGCGUAUUGGUCUGGCGGAAGAAGUAAAAGCCCUGUAUAAAAUCGCAUGGGAGGACCCCAAUGAACCCGACCAUGGAUUCAGGUACCUAUACCUAACACCUGAAGAUUACGCUAAGGUAUCAUCGUUGAACAGUGUCCGGGCUGUAUUGAUCGAAGACGAAGGUGAGUCCCGCUAUAAACUGACAGAUAUCAUCGGUAAGGAUGACGGGUUAGGUGUGGAGAAUCUACAAUAUGCUGGUAUGAUUGCCGGUGAGACAUCCCGUGCGUAUGACGAAGUGGUUACCAUUUCGAUGGUAUCCUGCCGGGCGAUUGGCAUCGGCGCGUAUCUGGUACGUCUCGGACAACGCGUGAUACAAAUCGAUAAUUCCCACAUUAUCCUCACCGGGUAUUCCGCGUUGAAUAAACUCUUGGGUAGGGAGGUAUACGCUUCCAAUAACCAACUCGGCGGGAUACAGAUCAUGUACAAUAAUGGCGUGUCACAUAAAACAGAGACACGGGAUCUUGAUGGUGUGUAUACAAUUCUAAAAUGGUUGUCAUACAUACCAAAGGAUAAAAUGUCCAUGGUACCUAUGAUUAAACCCACGGAUCCGAUUAGUAGGGAAGUGGGUUAUAUGCCCACCAAAGCACCGUAUGAUCCAAGAUGGAUGCUUGCUGGUAGGUUCAAUCCGAAUAACAUGACGGAAUGGGAGACGGGGAUUUUUGAUAAAGAUUCAUGGUCGGAGAUUAUGCAACCAUGGGCACAGACUGUGGUCACAGGUAGAGCUAGAUUAGGAGGUAUACCGCUAGGUGUGAUUGCUGUGGAGACCCGCACGGUUGAACUG